AUGGACCCCUUGGAAGAACAACAACAAGAGCUCGAGGUGCUCGAGUCCAUCUACCCAGACGAACUCACAAAGAUCUCAGACCAAAAAUUCUCCAUCCACAUUGCCCUCGAUACACCUUCGGAAACAAAACACACCAUUAUUCUCCAUGUAAAGUACCCGCCAGAGUACCCGGAAGUGGUCCCUGAGCUUUCAUUGGAAGCAGAAUUUGAUGAUGAGGGUGUAGAGCAGCAUGGAAAUGAUGAAGAUAGCGAGGAUGAAGGACCCAGAUUGGGCGAUUUGGGAGAGUUUGUACGGUUCGAACUGGCUGAUAUUCGUACUCUUCUUUUGAAAAUUGAGGACGAGGCCGCAGCCCAGAUCGGAAUACCGUCGGUAUUUGCAUUGACAUCUCAACUUAAAGAAGAAGCCGAAAGUUUGUUUCAAGCCAAACUCACCAAGGCUCAAAAAGAAUACGAAACCAAACUUCUUGCCCAGGAAAUGGAGGAACAGAAAAAGUUUCACGGCACAAAAGUCACCAAAGAACUGUGGACGAAAUGGAGAGAGAAUUUGCGAAAAGAGUUGAAAAUCGACGAAAAAGUUGCACAGGCUUACCAAGAAAUGCACGGUGGUAGAAUGACGGGAAGAGAGAUCUUUGAGAAGGGAUUGGCAGGAAACGAAGACGAUUUGGAGGCAGAGGUGGCAGCAAUUGCAAUCACCAACUGA